AUGAAAUUCCCGUCACUGAUCGCCAUCUUUGCCGGGCUGGCAGGGGGCGUCGUAGCCGACGGCGGCCACCCACGACGCGGCCUCGAAUCUGCAACAUGGACAGCGCCGGAAAUUGUCGUACCUCACCGCGAGACGCUUGUAGCAGGAGGCGACCACCCGCCGGCGAAAGAGGUGCUGAUGCGCACGUCGUCCUGGAACGUGCGGUUGCUUCCAACGCCGUCGUCGCCGGUGGCGUCGGACACGGAGUGGUGCGACGGAUUGGACGACAAGGGAUUGCCCGAAGCGUCCGACAACAAGGGAGAAGCAGCGCUGCCCGGAUCGCCGUCGGGGUUGUCGGCCGAGCCGCCGAACCCCCCGGCCGGCGUCGACCCGCACAAGCUGCAGGUCUGGGUCCGGAUCGACACGGAACUGUGGCGCGAUGAGGAGCUCGAAAACCCCAUGGGCUUGCAGCACAGCGCCCUCAAGGCGCUCACGCAGGGCAUGGGCGGCAGGCACGCCGACGUGGUCAUCGGGAACAGGGAUAAAUGGUGGUGGGAAUACGGCAUGGCGUUCGAUGAUGGGGACUGGAAAAGUCGGGACAGCGCCGAGGGCCACCCUGUGAUAGUCUACGCCAUCGAUUUGAGCGGGAAAUCCACAUCGAGGUGGGAGUUCAAGGGCGUGAUUGAGAGCCCGAGGAUAAAGUGGCCUAAUUCUCCCAUCUUGACCAAGAUAGCCGCUUCAGUGGGAGCGGGGACGUAUUCCACCAAGGAUUGGAACUGCCGUACAUGGAGCGAUAGGUUUGUAGAGAAGCUUAGACCUUUGAUGAUGCCGCAGCAGGGGCAAUCAAGUAAAAGGCAUCCCAAAACCCGCCGCGGGGGCCCACGGGCGCCCGUGGGCUAA